GUCAUGAUCCUGAACGCUGUUCCUGCUAAAUUCGUUGUAGAGGGUGGAAGUAGUAGCGAAGAGGGAAAAGAAAACGAAACCAACGAACGACCAGUGCAUCCUUAUGAGGCACAGGAGGUUCAAAUUGCUGCAUUCAGAGGACCUAUCAUGAACAUUCCACCACCAAUGCUUGCUCUACAAGCCAGACAAAUGGCUUAUGCUCAAGCUGUUCGACAAUGGAGAAUGCGUCGUCUUCAACAAGCCAUCUAUGAACAGCAGAUGAUUCGUGAAGCCAUGGCCAGAGCUGAAUGGACAACUCCUCGCGAUUUGCAGAUGGAGAACCAGCGACGAGCUGCAGCCGAGGAAGAAUUGGCACGUUCCGUUGCCCAAGCUCGUUGGGAACAAACUCAACGCGCCCGAGCUGCUGAGGAAUACCAGGCUGAGAUGCAACGAGCUCAAUGGGCACAAGCUCAGCGUGCUAUGUGGGAACGAGCUCAAAUGAUGCAAAUGCACCAACAGAUGCACAACCUUAUGCAUGGACCAGUGAUGAUGUAUUGGCAACACCCAUGGUACAUUCUUCAGCAACAAAAACAACAACAACUACAACAACAACAGCAACAACAACAACAACAACAGCAACAGCCGCAACAACAGGCACGGGUAAUCUUGACACCUUGGCGCAAUGCUGCGCCAACAUAUGUGCCCUUAUGCAAAAUAGCUUGA